AUGCACAUUUUAAACCCAGAAGUUGAUACACCUCACAGAUCACAUGUGCUCCUGUCUUCUGCUGUGAGUUUGGCAUCGCACUUGUGCAAGUCACAUGUCAACAGAGCUGCUCUCCCAUUGGCCGACUCCCCAGGCCACCCCCAACAGCCUUAUGGUUACAGACCAACAGGAAUACUGAGGGAGCGCAGUUUUGGUUGUAAGGUUUGUGGGAAGGUGUUUAAGAGGUCGUCGACUCUCUCCACACACCUGCUCAUUCACUCGGACACUCGGCCGUUCCCGUGUCCCUACUGCGGAAAGAGAUUCCACCAGAAAUCUGAUAUGAAGAAACAUACCUUUAUACACACAGGUGAGAAGCCUCAUGUGUGCGUGGUGUGCGGUAAAGCAUUCAGUCAGAGCUCCAAUCUGAUCACCCACAGCAGGAAACACAGCAGCUACCAGCCCUUCAGCUGCUCACACUGCCCUCUCAGCUUCCAGAGGAGACUGGACCUACAGCGCCACCUACAGACACACAUGCAGAACGACAGCGCACUGUAUCAUGGGACCUGAGAGAGACCAGCUGCACCUCAAACACCUUGGGUGGCUUAAUGUACAAGGGUCAUGUGAUGUUUUACCAAAAAGUCCACUAUAUAUGUUUAUGAAAGAUGUUUGCACCAAAACAAAUGUUUGCUUAUGUAUAUCUAUCUUGAUUGCACACAAUGCAUUGUGAGAUCUGUCAACAGGCUACACAUUACUGUAGAUUUAUUGCUUCAAGACUUAUGAUUGGCUGCUCAUGGUUGUGAUGUCAUAAUCAUGGAACGUUUGUUUCAGAAGAUUUAUAAAGGAACAAUAAUCUCUCUAUGCACAUGAUAGGGCAUUUAAUAACAAAUGCAGUAAUGCAACCGAUUUUUAAGGACAUUAAUCUCUUUUUGAAAGUACAGGUAUGUAUUCUCAAGCUCUUAGCAGAAGUUUUUAUCUUGUUUUAAAGUAGGGUGAAUUCUGCAAAAGUGGGACACUUUUAGGUAAACUGAUUUAAAUACAAAUAAAUAAACUCUUCCAAACACAUGUAUGCUUUAAACAAAUUCUCAAAGUCUCUUGUAUCCCUCAGCAUGUUUUUGAAUAUCGUUUGAUGUUUUAAACAUACAGAGAUUCAAAA